AUAGCCUGCAAUGUUCCUGCCUCAACAUCUCAUUAACCACCUCAACUCACACAAAGUCAACUCCUAAGCACCUACCUGCUGCACUCCACGCCUUCCGCCUGCAUAUCGCUUGUCGGCCCACGCCCUUGCCCCCAUUGGACAAUUCCUUAUCUCGCCCACACAUCUCCGCAACCCAUCUCUGCUAUCUUCGCUGCCAGCCGUCCACUCACGUCGCUCACUCGCAGCCCUACCCCGGAUUCUCUUGCAAAGAAUGCCAGGCCGUCUGCUCAGUACCCUUGCGAGGGUGGCUCCUACACCACUUCCUAAAUCGGAUUCCACCAAGCCACACGCCGAAGGUCUACUGCCCCCGGUCUAUUCUUACGACGCCCCACGUGUCAAGGCAAAGUCAAAGUCAGAGGAAUCUCUGGUCAUGGACAUCUUCAACCGCCACAAGCAUGACAAGCAUGCCAAAGAAAAGGAAGAUGCAAAGAAGACGCCCAAGCUCGAGGCCCAGGGCGCAGCUUCCAUGAACAUGAGCGUAGAGUCUCCCCCCAUCGUCUUCUACAACAGCCCCCAGACAUCGACCGGUGCCAUUUUCUCUGGCCAGCUCGUCAUCAACGUACACGACCCCUUCAUCACCGUUGACAAGUUUGAAAUGCGCAUGCUGGCCAUUGUGACCACCAAGAAGCCCGUGGCCCCACAUUGCCCAGACUGCACCACUCAGACGACUGAAAUCCACAAGUGGGAGUUUCUGACCCAUCCCGUCUCGCUGCGUCACGGUCCCCACAACUUUCCCUUCAGUCACCUGCUGCCAGGUCACUUGCCAGCUACCACACAUGGCAGCCUGGCUACGGUUGACUACUACCUGUCCGCCGUUGCUAUCACCUCAUCAGGCAAGAUUACUUACAAGCGCAAUCUGGACAUCAAGCGUGCUAUUUUCCCUGGUGCGGAAAAGCAUUCUAUCCGCAUCUUCCCACCAACCAAUCUUACAGCUUCCGUCAAACUGCCGCCAGUAAUCCACCCUAUCGGCGAUUUUCCCAUUGAAAUGCGCCUUUCCGGAAUCGUUCAAAACAAGACAGACUCGCAAACACGAUGGAGACUGCGCAAACUCAACUGGCGCAUUGAAGAGACGCAAAAGUUCAUCUCCCCAGCUUGCGCCAAGCACAUUUCAAAGGUUGGUGGUGAGGGCAAGGGUGUUCUCCACGAGGAUGUCCGUGCCAUUGCCAACGAAGAGGUCAAGACGGGUUGGAAGACCGACUUUGAAAAGGGCGAGAUCGAUGUCGAAUUCCAGGCGGCCUGCAACAUGGCCAUGAAGCCUCUUUGCGAUCUAGAAAGCUCAAACGGCAUGAGCAUCAAGCACAACUUGAUCAUCGAAAUGGUUGUCGCCGAGGAAUGGGCGCCACUCAAGAAGCUCAGUCAAGCUACCCCCACCGGCGCUGCCCGUGUUCUCCGUACCCAAUUCCACCUGGUCCUUACCGAGCGAUCAGGCAUGGGUAUUGCUUGGGAUGAGGAGCAGCCGCCGCUCUACGAAGAUGUUCCGGUCAGCCCGCCCACCUACGUCGAAGAAUGCGAGUACCCCUUUUCCAAUAUGAGCUCUCGGUCUGGCAGCUUCAGCCUUGAGCAGUAGUUUUGGAAUCCCUUCUCCUUGCGUUAUUUAUACCCCACUCGCCACGCUCCAGCGGACGAUUCACGAAUUUCCUUACUUAGCCAUUGUCUGAUUUUUACUUGCAAUCAUCACUUUUGGACUACGUAGGAUAUACCCCCGUUUGCACUUGGUUUUCUAGGCGUUGCUUUCCUUUACGCUCGCCUCUUUCAUUUGUUAUCAUGGCGUUUCGAUCCGUUUUGUAGAUUGCUCGAGUUGAGCGCGCAGCAAGCUCCUCGAAUACUGAGAUAGACAUUCAGCGAUAAAAGUUUCCACUCCAUAGGACUCUGUUGUUUACAUAGUCCUACUAGUAGUACAUAAUACAGGAAUAAAGUUCCACUUGUUC